UAGCUUUCCCAUAAAUUGCACCUUUACGAGAAUCCUCACAAUGACCAUUGUCCAGGCCCAAGGAGCGGAUUCUAAGCUCUUUCAGCCGCUUGCCAUUGCCAAUGGCAAGCUCACUCUGAGCCACCGGGUGGUACACGCCCCCCUGACGCGCAACCGGGGCGAACCGUUGAACUCAAACAGUACUCCCGAGAAUCCCAAUCGGAUUUGGUACCCUGGGGAUCUGGUUGUCGAAUAUUAUCGUCAACGGGCAACCCCUGGCGGGCUGAUUAUCUCGGAAGGCAUCCCUCCAUCGCUGGAGAGCAAUGGAAUGCCAGGAGUCUCCGGUCUCUUCACGGAAGAGCAGGCCGCCGGAUGGAAGCGUGUCGUCGAUACAGUACACGCCCAAGGAGGCUACAUCUACUGUCAGCUCUGGCACGCCGGCCGUGCUACAGUGCCCCAGAUGACCGGCUACCCUCCCGUCUCAGCCUCCGCCAGCGUCUGGGACGACCCCGAAGAGCGCUACACCCAUCCUGCUGUGGGAGACUCGGAGCCCGUUCGCUACUCAGACCACCCGCCGAUUGAAUUGACGGUCGCGCACAUCAAGCAAACCAUCCAGGACUAUUGUAAAGCCGCCAAGACUGCCAUGGAUAUUGGCUUCGACGGCGUUGAACUACAUUCCGGUAACGGAUACCUUCCGGAGCAGUUCUUGAGCUCAAAUAUCAACCGACGGACGGACGACUAUGGUGGCACCCCCGAGAAGCGCUGCCGGUUCGUGCUGGAGUUGAUGGACGAACUGGCUCAGACGGUUGGCCAGGAGAAUCUGGCGAUCCGACUCACGCCGUUUGGACUGUACAACCAAGCGCGUGGUGAACAGCGCGUGGAGACCUGGACGUAUCUGUGCGAGUCGCUGAAACAGGCGCACCCGCAUCUGUCCUACGUCAGCUUUGUAGAGCCCGUAAGCAUAAGAUUUAUAACCGGCUGAAUCCCACUUACUAAUGUGUCCAGCGCUACGAGCAAAUUCACAGUUA